CUUUACAUCACUUUGUGAUGUUCAACUUUAUUAGUUCGGAAUAGAACCCUCUACUUGAUUAUUAUGCUGUUCUUAAAUAUAAAGAAGAAAUAGGUUAGGAGAAUUGUCAAAAUACUUCCAAAUACCGCCAAAAUAUUGAAUUGUUUAGUGGAGUAUAUAAACUUUUAAAAUUAUCCUGAAAUUAUGGAUAAAAGAAAACUUUCAUCCCCAAGGCACGGCUCAAAGAAGCUGAGGAGUGACACCUUUGCAAGACCUCCCGUACCAGAUUUAAGUCCCUUAGAGGACAAUUUGAUAUUCCAGGAGUUGGAAUUGGAGCAUUACAUCGGGCAGGUUUAUCCUGGAAUGCCAGGACCACAGAAAGGAUUAGUUCCCAUAGUACGCCUGUUCGGAAUCACCAAGGAAGGUAACAGCGUGUGCUGCCACAUCCACGGGUUUUCUCCCUACUUUUAUAUCAAUCUACCGAAACCUCUGAGCAACACAGAAAUUACUACGUUUCGAAGUAAAUUAAACGAAGCCUUAUUGGCCGAUUCAAGCACGAAAGGUGAUCUUCCCGAACCCGUUCUGAUGGUAGAACAAGUCCAAGGCAAGUCUCUGGUGGGCUAUUUGGGCGACGAAGAUAAAACCUUCGCGAAAAUAACAGUAGCCGUACCGAAACUAGUAGCGGCCGCAAAGAGAAUCAUAACCACGGUGACAUUCUACCAACCGUUGGCCAGCCACACUUUCUUCACGUACGAAUCGAACGUCGAUUUCGAAACUAGAUUCAUGGUCGACACGCACAUCCUGGGUUGUUGCUGGAUAGAAUUGCCGGCCGGUAAAUGGUUUCAACGAAGCGCCACCAGCGUUUCGAGGUGCCAGAUCGAAGUCGACGUAUCGUGGAGCGACUUCAUCGUGCACGCCCCGGAGGGAGAAUGGGCGUCAGUCGCUAAAUUCAGAGUACACAGCUUGGAUAUUGAAUGUGCCGGCAGAAAGGGGAUAUUCCCCGAGCCCAAGGUCGAUCCCAUCAUCCAAAUCGCCAACGUGGUGAAGCUGCACGGCGACAAAGACGUUUUGCACAGGAACAUAUUCACGUUGAAGUCCUGCGCCCCCAUCGGUCACGCGGACGUGUACAGUUUCGAUAAGGAGGAGGAUAUGCUCGAAGCCUGGGCGGAUUUCGUGAGAAGCCUCGAUCCCGAUGUAUUCACCGGCUACAACAUCAACAACUUCGAUUUUCCCUACAUGAUAGACCGCGCUAAUUUCCUGAAAUUGAAGAAAUUCGCUUACUUAGGACGGCUGCUCAACGUGCCUUCGCUUAUAAAAGAAACUACCACGCAAACUAAGAUCGGCAAAAGAACGUACAAACACAUCAAUUUCGAAGGAAGAGUGGCUUACGAUAUGCUGAUAGUUACCAAACGAGACUUCAAAUUACGAUCGUACACACUAAACAGCGUGUGUCAGGAGAUUCUGGGCGAACAAAAAGAAGACGUGCAUUACAGCAUCAUCACGGAUCUACAAAACGGAGACGAACAAACCCGAAGGCGAUUGGCCGUUUAUUGUUUAAAAGACGCAGAAUUGCCUUUGAGACUCCUCAAUACGGUACUCAGCUUCACUAACGACAUAGAAAUGGCCAGAGUGACAGGCGUACCCAUCACGAGUCUGCUAACCAAAGGAGAACAAGUAAAAGUCAUCGCGCAGCUGUUGAGGCACGCCAAACAAGCCGGUUAUUUCAUGCCGGCUCAUCAAGGAGGCCCGACAUCCGAUCAAUUCGAAGGAGCGACAGUCAUAGAACCGAUCAGGGGCUAUUACACGGAACCCAUAGCCACUUUAGAUUUCAGUUCGCUGUAUCCCAGCAUCAUGAUAGCCCAUAAUUUGUGUUACACGACGCUAGUUCAGCCGGGACAGAAGGAGAAACUGGGACUUACGGACGAUCAAAUUACCAAAACGCCGGCGGAAUGCGUUUUCGUGAAAAACACAGUACGACCGGGACUGCUACCUCACAUUCUCCAGCAUCUCUUAUCCGCCAGGAAGAAAACUAAAGCGUUGUUGAAAGACGAGAAAGAUCCGGUCGUGAGGACCGUAUUGAACGGUAGACAGUUGGCUUAUAAAAUCUCCGCUAACUCGGUGUACGGUUUCACCGGAGCCCAAGUGGGCAAGUUGCCCUGUCUCGAAAUAUCCGGCAGCGUUACCGCCUACGGCAGAACCAUGAUCGAGCAGACCAAGCAGGAGGUCGAGCAGCAUUAUCGAAAAGAAAACGGCUACGAAGCCGACGCUAAGGUGAUCUACGGAGACACGGAUUCCGUGAUGGUGAAUUUCAACGCGUCGUCGUUGAAGAGAAGCAUGGAAUUGGGCGAGGAAGCGGCCGCUUUGGUCAGCCAGAAAUUCAUAUCGCCCAUAAAGCUCGAAUUCGAAAAGGUUUACUACCCGUACUUGCUCAUCAACAAGAAGAGAUACGCCGGCUUGUACUGGACGAACACCGAAAAAUACGAUAAAAUGGAUUGCAAAGGCAUCGAAACGGUUCGAAGGGAUAAUUGUACGUUGGUAGCCGAUGUCAUAGGAACCUGUUUGCAGAAGUUGUUGAUAAAUAAGGACCCCGACGGUGCUGUGAGUUACGUUAAACAAGUCAUUUCGGAUUUGCUGCAAAACAACGUGGAUAUUUCCCAGUUGGUUAUUACCAAAGAACUAACUAAAUCCGAUUAUGCGGCUAAACAAGCUCACGUUGAAUUAUCCAAGAAAAUCACGAAAAGAGAUCCCGGCAAUGCUCCCAAAUUAGGCGAUAGGAUACCAUAUGUAAUCAUCGCAAGUACAAAAAACGCCAAAGCCUACGAGAAAGCAGAAGAUCCUAUAUACGUUCUGGAAAAUAACAUACCGAUCGAUUCAAACUAUUACCUCGAAAACCAACUAUCGAAGCCUCUGGUGAGGAUUUUCCAACCGAUUUUAGGCGACAACGCCGAAUCCAUACUACUUAGAGGCGAACACACCAGAAGCAAGACAAUGGUGACAUCCAAAGUAGGCGCUCUAUCGGCCUUUACCAAGAAAAAAGAAGCCUGCAUAGGCUGCAAAUCGGUCCUGACCAAAGGCUACGAACAGGAGGCGGUUUGCGCCUAUUGCAAACCGAAAGAAGCCGCCAUCUACCAGCAGGAGUUGAGCCAUCACAAGAUGCUCGAGAACCGAUUCUCCGCUUUGUUCACCGAAUGCCAGAGGUGCCAGGGAUCGUUGUACGAGGAGAUCCUCUGCACCAGCAGGGAUUGCCCGAUAUUUUACAUUCGCAAAAAGGUGCAGAUGGAAUUGGAGACCACCCGAGCGAAAAUCGGCCGAUUCGGGGAGCCUGUUAUCGUCGAAGACUUGUUUUAGUUGUACAGGUAUUUUUUUUAUAUUAGACUACUUUUUUUUUACGAAUAAAAUGUGUAUUUUCGCCUUUAUGAGGCGCCUC